UUUCCUCGCUUAUAUCAAUGCAAAAUAAAUAUUACAAUAAUUUAGUUGUUUCUUCGAUUUGCCAACAAUAUUUUUUUUUAAAAAGAGGCACUCAGAUAGAAGUGUAAUUAUCUUUCACUUUUUAAAAUAUCGAUACUGAAAACGGAUUGAUUAAAGAUUUUCAUUUCAGUUGUAAAAGCGGUGCACAUGCCACUUAUGCCAUAUAAACAAUCGAGUGACAUUUUUUCAUAAUCACAUCAAAUAAAUCUACCUGUAUAGCACAAUGUUGACGUAAUUGAAGGGACCAUGAGUUUAGUCGGAUUUAAAGUUAUCUUUAUAGUGUUAUUUAUUUUUGCUGAUCGACUCCACGAAACAGUUUGUCAGAAAGAUGGUGACGUGAGGCUAGAUGACAAUGGGUCGAUCAACAGCAACCAGGGCCGGGUAGAGGUGUUCUACAAUGGUACGUGGGGAACGGUCUGUGAUGACAAUUGGGACGCCAAUAACAACAACGCCAUCGUAGUCUGCAGGCAGCUCGGCUCUACAGCUCCAGGUGGCGCCACGGCAGUGACGAUAAACGACCCAGAAUAUUUCGGAAAGGGAACGGGACCCAUAUGGAUGGAUGACGUUAAGUGCGAAGCCACUGAGCCCGACUUGAGCUCGUGCCCUCAAAAGUUCUUGAACACCAGCGACUGUGAACACAGCGAAGAUGUGGGCGUCAUCUGCCCCACGGGCUCCCAGACCCCUUCUCCGACCCAGACCGCUACCGUCACCGCCGCACCUGUUGUCCCCGACGAUGGCAACUGUACCGACCCCAGCACUGACAUCCGGCUGCGCGGCCCCUCCGACCUGACGGGAGUGGGCGUGGUCCAGAUUAAACGACCUGGAACUAACGAAUGGGGCACGGUCUGUGAUAACGGAUGGGGCUUCAAUGACGCCAAGGUCGUCUGUAGAAUGCUUUGCUACGACCCUAACACCGCAUUGGCGGGCUCGGUGAAUUUUGACACGAGCGUCAUUACGGAACCGAUGGUGGUCAAGGACGUGGCGUGCACGGGUAACGAGGGGACCCUAGCCGAUUGUGCUCAGUCCACGUGGCAGAUUGGCGUCUGUACUAAGACCGAAAUGGCGCGUGUCACCUGCACGCCCAUGGACAAUUCACCACCUACACGCCCAGAACCGAUUCUCGAGUGCACGGACGGGCUGUUGCGGGCGAGUUUUGACCGCUCACGUGACAAGAAUCUUGAAACGAAGCACUUGGAAGUGGCUUUGACGUACACUGGCCCGUGCAAUGUUGUCAAGGAGGCAACCACGCAGUUCAUCACCAUAGCAAUACCGUUUGACGAGUGCGGAACACAGAGUUCUUACAACGAAACACAUUAUUUCUACAAGAACGUGAUCAAGUACCUACCCACGUACACCAGCGGGUCGAUUAGCAACACGAACACGUACAUGGUGGAAGUACAGUGCGAGCUGCCACGUGACCCGGGGGCUGAUAAGCCCAUCGUGCCGCUCACAGAGACCGUCACCCAGGUGUCACAGGGACAGUUCAUUGUGAACAUGCACUUUUACAGAAACAACACUUUCGUCUCUCCCGUGCUACAGUUCCCCUUGGAGAUCCCCCUGGGGGAGUGGCUCGCCUCCGCCCUCGAACUAGAAGAUGUGGACGAAAACCUCCGAUUGGUCGUCCCCAACUGUUACGCCACACCCUCUAGUGACCGGAACGACGCCACACGAUACCCGCUCUUCACUGAAAAGUGCGUCUCCGACCAGACUGUUGGUUUCUUCCCGAUCAACGAGACAUGGUGGGGCUACCGCUACCAGACGUUCAAGUUUGUACAGUUUACGGAAGUGUAUAUCCACUGUGAUGCCUACGUGUGCGCGCUUGACGACCCCUCCCCACAGUGUGACCGCAGCUGCCUCCCCACAAACACAACCACAACCACCACCGCCGCACCAGCGGGAAAGCGACGGAAGCGGAGCGCCGAAAGUAUCGCUCCUACGCUCGUGCACGUUAGCAGUCCGACGUUGUUCGUUUACAAAACGGAAAUUCCACCGAAACCGCCGCUCAUUGAGAGGCCAGAGCAGCCACCGACCGGGACGCCCGCCAACUCCCCUCCACGGCCGGAGAUAGUGUUCUCAACCAGCCACCGUCCGUCUACUGCCACUCCGUCCACAACACCAGCAGGGAAUCCGAGUUCUUCCAGCCCCGCACAUCCGGUAAAUCCGGGUCAGCCGGGUACAACCUCUAAACCGGAAAUACCUGUUCCAGUGACCAAGCCAGGCGAUCACGUGGCCACGAUAGAAGACCCCGUGUUAGAGAGUUUGGUCAGGAGUUCCGGAAGCUCAAUAACACUUACUUUAUUGCCAUUUCUUGUGUUGCCAAUACUUAUGUUAUGGAGCUUAUUGUGUAUAGUAUGUGGUUUUCUAUGUGACGCCGACCCGAGGAUCACAGGUCCCGGAAAUGGACGUGUCCGGAGGUUCAUUGAAGCUCGUGAUCAGCCAACACCGUGUUGCGAGUGUAACGACCACGUGCCGGAACACAACUGUACCGGAUGUAAUAAUCAGUUCCACGUCUGCUACUACCCCGCCGUCUGCGCCACCACGCUAUACUAUGACGGGAACCAACUGAUCAAAAGCAAGGGAUGCAUGAGCCGGACAGACUGUCUAACCCAGUGGGCGUUGUCAAACGCCACAUCCGGCUGCGCGGCCCAGGACACCACGAUGAUGGCGGCCGGAAGUGUAUGUACGUACUGUUGUGUGCUGCCCCGGGAGAGCUAUAGCGAUCCAAACGAAAAGAACCAGUGUGUGGACCGCGAACAGAACAUAUAUACACUGCCACCAGGUUUUGUUCUACCUACGACGAGUACCACUUCCACCACAACUACCACAACAACAACAAUAACAACAACAACAACAACAACGCCAGAACCAACCACAACAACUCCAACAACAACAACAACAACAACAAUGCCAACAACAACAACAUUCAAGACGACCUCAAGGCCGGUACCAGCAUCAUCCCCAGUAUGUGAGACAUGUGACGGCGCCAACUGCCAGUCCAGCUCACUUCCGGUCACGGUUUGCCAGCCGUACGAGACAUUUUGCCUAAAUGCCGUCCAAGUGGACAUCGACGGCAACCUCACCGUUGUCAAGAAAACUUGUUCCACGAAGCUGGAGUGUGUGUACGACCACUCGUCUCUCGCAUCCGCGUGUCGGACCUCUUCUUCCGGGUCUGAUGUUAAAUUCGACCCCGGAGCCGACCGAAUAUGCCAGUACUGUUGCCAGGGCAACGCAGGUGACCCGCCCUGUAACAGAGCUCCCGUACCGGAUAACGCCGUGAACUUUGACAGGACAACUGAGACAACCAAAACGAUGCUUACCACUACGCCAUCAUCAUCAACAGCAGCACCAACAGCAGCACCAACAACAACAAUAACUUCAAAACUAACUACACCAGCAAUUAUAUCACCAUCGAGCGUUUCUUCAACAACGGCAACAGGACAAACAAUGACGACAACAAGGAAGGCAACAAACGCAAAGACAAUAUCAUCAACAGCAACAACACCAGAUACAACAAUUACAAGUUCUACCAUGACAGUCCCAACAACGACAACAAGAACAGCGACAAAUCCGACAACAACAACAACAACACCAGGACAAACAACAAUGACAACAACAGAACCAACAACUAUCAUGACAACACCAAAACCAACUACUACAGCAAUGAAAACAACGACAAAUACCCCAGUGCCAACACCAAAGCCUCACUAUACGAUACCACCAAACCCUACCCAGUGUGCCACGUGUUUCGGACCCCCGGGCAUCUGUGAGCAGCUAUACCACAUGACAGCGUGUCAGCCGCCAAACAACUACUGUAUUAACGUGAUCAGCAACCGAGCAGACGGCAGCAGGAUCGUCAAGAGAUCAUGCGGUAACGUUGACACGUGCUACCGAGACUGGUACGUCGGAACAAGCGACAGUGACAAGUGCCAGAACUUCGACGAUCGCUACGUGUACACGUUAGAUUUUGAUUGCACGUUCUGUUGUACGAAAGAUCGGUGCAACGUCCCCAUCCACCCCUCGGACAACACGCUCUACCAGGAUAUCCGGCCGUAGGUGGAGAAAACACAUUGACCACCAAAACACUAUUUACAACUAUCAAAAUACAUGCUGUUAAUAAAUGAUUAUUUUAGCUGAGUGAAGUUUGCUGAAUAUAGGUACUCAGAUACAUAACCGAAAUUCGCGACAUCCUAUGUUUAAGCUUUAAGCAACAUUCACAACACUAGCGACAUUAAUAAAAUUUGCGACAUUCGAAUAUUGUGAAUGUCGUAAAUAUUUUCAAUGUCGCAAAUGUUGUUGAAAGUGUGAAUAUUAAUCAGAAUAUAAAAUCGAAUACUGUAAAUGAAAUUUGAACGUUUAUUUCAAUGUCGUAUGUUCAGCCAACUUCACACACCUGUGUUCUGUCCCGUAUAAGACGCUAAGGCCAACCUAUAGUGUUUAUGAAUGAUGCCAUAAAUGGACUUUUUCUUUAGGUUGUUGUUACAUGUACAUGUUUGUUUAACAAAAGAAGAAACAGCAAUGUUCAAAUGUUGUUAAUACAUUGUAAUAAAACAAAGAAUGUGAAUGUGA